AUGAGUGACAGUGCGACCUGUUUUGUGGCAGCGAAGUACUCUCAGAGUCCGGAUGCUGUUACCGACACUAGCAUCACGCUAGUCAAUAACAACAAGAUUGCCAAUGUCUUUGCCAAACAAAUUCCACCAAAUGCGUCAGAUCUUAAAACCGCCGAUUCCUUGAUUGCCUCUCAAAUGGCAAAGCUAUCAGUCUCAGACCGAGAAAAGGUGUACAUGGACGUUCAUGGGAUACCAGACUUUGUUGCAGAAACCCCAGAACUAAUUCAGAAGAGUUUGUUGGAAUUGCAACACGAGAUCGAUACUCUACCUGACAAGAAAGCCUAUAACAUUGCUGAACGGCUGGAUUCAACAUAUACCCAGGACAGAGACUUCCGCCUUGCGUUCCUUCGAUGCGACAGGUUCGAUUGCCAGAAGGCUGCGCUCCGAAUCAUACGGCAUUUUCAAAUGAAACUGGACUUGUUUGGCGCUGAUUCGCUUGCAAUGGACAUUACUCAAGAUGAUUUGGACGCUGACGACAUGGAAGUUCUCUAUACCUCAAGUGGAAGAUUCUUGAAUGCGUACGAUGCAGGGGGGCGGGUCAUAAACAUCGUGGUGCAAGUUCCCAAAGUUUAUAAGGCCGAUGCAGUCCUUCGUAGGGCCUUUUACAACGUCAUGAUAGCAUGCCAUGACGUGGAGAUACAACGGCGGGGUUUUGUCAGUAUCGUUUUCCAUUCUGGAGAUCAUGAUGUCAAGGGUACGAGUGGGGAUAAUGCUGUUCUUAACUGGAAGUUUCCAAAGCUGAAUGAAGGAUCCCCCAUAUACCUCUCGGCUGUCCACCUAUGUUACAGUGAGGAAUCGUGGGAAGCUCAUAAUGCACUGGUUAGGACUGCUUUCAGCGAACCAAAGCAAGUUAGAUGUAGGGUGCAUCAUGGCACUGUCCUUGAAUGUUUGGAACGAUUGCGUGGGCAUGGAAUCGACCCAUCUUCCAUACCUGUGAACGACAAAGGCGAGAUCACUGACCUUCUCGAAGAUCGUCAGAGAUUAGAACGACAACGGCGGCAGGAGCGCUUAAUAUAUCCUAUUCCUAGCACGAUUUUUGUUCCAUUUUGCGAGGACGUUUUGCUGGGCAAAGGUAUUCCAUUUCAAAUCCACUCUGGCAACAGAAAGCUUCGAAUGAUUGUCGCGGAUCGGCAGAAGGAGUACGAAAAGGCAAAGAAAGGACGAAAGAAGAGUAUUGCUAAAGAAUGUGUUGAUAUGAUUAGGAGCAAUGGAGGCCUAUUUCUAAAGCAAGAUGACAACAAGUGGUUCCCAGUGGAUAUUGAGGUUGCCAUCAAGAAAGUCGGCGCCAACUUUCGAACGAUCCGGUCGAAGUCUGGGGCAAAGUAA